GUUAGCCUGUUAGCCUAGAAACGAGUUUCGUAGUUGCUCUUAAAUAUGGCUGGCUUAGAGCUGCUGUCGGAUCAAGGAUACCGCCUAGAUGGUCGGAAGCCCUCAGAACUGAGAAAAGUACAGGCUCGUAUGGGUAUUUUUACCCGAGCCGAUGGAUCAGCAUACAUAGAGCAAGGAAACACCAAGGCUUUGGCGGUGGUAUACGGCCCGCACGAGGUGCGUGGCUCCCGCAGCAAAACGCUCCAUGACCGUGCUGUGAUUAACUGCCAGUACAGCAUGGCCACCUUCAGCACCGCUGAGCGGAAGAGGAGACCACACGGGGACCGCAAAUCUAGCGAAAUGAGCCUGCACCUCAAGCAGACCUUCGAGGCUGCUAUUCUGACACAACUGUACCCUCGUUCGCAAAUAGACAUCUACGUUAAGAUCCUGCAGUCUGACGGUGGGAAUUAUAGUGCCUGUGUAAAUGCAGCAACGCUAGCUGUUAUUGAUGCAGGCAUCCCCAUACGGGACUAUGUGUGUGCCUGUAGUGCAGGCUUUGUAGAGGACACUCCUCUUGUUGAUUUGUGCCAUGCCGAGGAGACUGGCAGUGGCACAGCAGUGGCACUAGCUCUGUUGCCCCGUGGUGGGCAGAUUGCCUUAUUGCAGAUGGAUGCCCGAUUGCACCAGGACCAUCUGGACCCUGUAAUGGAGGCAGCCAUGACAGCCUGCAGGAGCUUGGGCCAGGUGCUGGAUGGGGUUGUGCGACAGCACCUCCAGGAGGUGUCAAUACUGACAGGGGAGUAACAGAAUGAAGGAGGAAGGGAGACUUGGGGCCCAGCAAAGUGGAACCAAGCAGAGCUGUUUCUAAAAAUGCUGACUGUACCUCUGUUGUUGAGGUUUGAUGUAAGCAGAUUAUUAAUGAAAGUGUAAAUGUCACAAUGCCAUAAAUAAUUUUUUAAAAAAUCACAUUAAAAAACAAUUAAAUGUA